AUGGCGAACCAACAAGACUCCGUACCCUUCCAGCAUGGCGCCGCGGGACACGAAGGCCUAACCUCCAACGCCUCCGGCACCAUCCUAACGAAACCUUGCACCGAAGCCGAGAUCGCCUUCUACGAAUCGGCUGCCAGCGACCCAGCCCACUCCGACUUCUAUGCGCACAUGCCCACCUUCCUCGGUGCGCUCCGUCCCGCUGCUGAUCAAGCUGGCUUGUCGAAGUUGCUGCACGGGAGUGAUGGUGUGGGGACCGUGCCUGCCGGUCAGGAGGACAGUAAAGAGGAGAGUGCGGCUGGCAAAGAGCAGGGUCCUGCCUCUGCCGGAGAUCAAGCCAUCCCACUCGCGCCUGGCGAGGAGUGGACACCAUCCGGCGGCAAGAAAUUGAGCACAGGUCUAGCGAUCUGUCUCGAGAACACGGCUAGCGGAUGCACUAAGCCAUGCGUGCUGGACAUCAAGCUCGGUGCGCGGCUAUGGGAUGACGAUGCGCCACUUGCGAAACGCCAGAAAUUGGAUGAAGUGGCUAGUUCGUCUACAAGUGGCAGUCUGGGCUUUCGGGUCGCGGGCAUGAAGGUCUAUGUCGGUACGGAGGCGGAGGCGCAGAAGCUUCGGCCGGAAGAGGAUGGAUUUGUGAAGGAAAAGGACGGAUACAAAACCUACGACAAAUUCUAUGGAAGGCAGUUCAAGGGCGAGGACGAUGUCACGAAGGCUUUUGAGGCGUACCUGCCUAGUACAGGCAGCAAGUACCGCGAAGAGGUACGGAAGCGCUUUAUUCGCGAGCUAGAAAGCGUGGAAUAUGUGCUCGAGAACACGGAGAGCCGGAUGUACAGCGCGAGUCUGCUCUUUGUGUACGAAGGUGACGAGCAAGCGCUGGCGAAGGCGCUGGAGUAUGACAAGAAGCUGGACGAGGAGGGCGACGAUGAUGAAGGUGAGGCUGAUGGACCAAAGGACGAGAACGAUGAGGACAUCGAGCCGAAAGUGCAUGAUCUGAAGCUGAUUGAUUUCGCUCAUGCAAGAUGGGCCAAGGGUGAAGGGAGGGAUGAGAACGCUUUAAGAGGCGUGAAGAACUGCUUGAAGAUUAUGCGGGCUGUUGUGGGCUAA